CAGUUACAAAAGCCGCGACGUGUCGACUAUUCUGAUAAGCAGCAGCAACAGCAGCAGCAGCAGUUUUUUUGCCUGCCAUGGAACUGGAAUGCGAUUUGGGUGCCAUACAAAGCGAGGAGCUGCUAAGGAAAAUGUGGCAGCAAUCGGAGGAUAGCGAACGCAAGAGGCAAAUCCGUUCGCAUCUUUACAAGUUGCGUGAAUCGCGUUUGAGAAAUCUCUAUAGACACGAACCGGAUAAUCUAACGUUUGCGAUGUCGGAACCGAACGGCAAUACUCUAUCUGGAUAUGCUGGCAAGGAUCCGCUGGCCACCAGCCACGGCGAUGCGCUGCUCGAUCAGAACUUUCAGAGUCUCAAGUCGAAGGAGGUGCGCGACUCGAUGAGUCCCACGCACGAGCUCAAAUUCCAUUCGAUGAGUCUGACCCAACCGAAUAGCACCGGCUGGGAUGUGCAGACCUCGUCGGAGGUGAGUCCCGAUGGACGUGCCUAUCGCACCGAAACUCUGGCCAAAACUGAUGGUGUUGAGAAGCUGAAUGGUGGCGGCAUUGCCGAGUUCAAGGGUCGCAACGAGCAGCGCUCGAGCGCCUCACAUCAGGGCGACGAUAAGAACUACGUGAAGCAGGCGGCGGAGAGCUCCAAUACCCAUCUGCAGGAGAAGGUUGUCUUUGGCGAUGAGAGCAACGGUGGGCGUACCGAAAUGAAAAUGAGCUCCACCUCGUCCUCAUCGACCUCCAAGUUCGUGUCCUCCUCGACGGUUGAGUACGGCGAUGAUGAUGUCGCUCAGCCGCGCUAUCUGCUGGACAACCAGAGCACAAAUCGCCAGCAGCAUGAGCUGAGGGAGCAGCGAGAACAGCGUGAGGUGCGUGAGCAGCGUGAGUUGCGUGAGCAGCGUGAAAUACGUGAGCAGCGCGAUCGUGAGGAGCAGCGUGUGCAGGAGGAACGAUUCCAGGAGCAUCGACUGCAACAGCAGCAGGAGCAGAGAGAGCAGAGGGAGCAGAGGGAGGAGCGCUUCUCCGAGAGCCGUGAGCAAUUGAAGAGCACACGCAACGUGGAGACACAGCAGCAUUACGAGGAGAACAAGCGCUAUGUGGAUAUGGAUAAGGCAUCGCCGGAAUAUCAACGGCAUGUGCAGCACCUGAUGUCACAGCCAGGUGAGAUCAUCUCCAAUACGGUUGAGUAUCCCAAGCCCAAUGUCAAAAUGAUCACCACGGUCAAGCGUCUGCCCGACGGCACAAUUGUCAAGAACAAGCGCUACGAAACUGAGCAGGUAACUCCCACGGCGGACUCUGUCCGCCAGAGCCAGGCCCAGACCCAGACACAGACGCAGACUCAGAAUAACCAGCGACGCGUGCAGGAGACACGCGACGUGGUGGACAACGCUGAGCCGUUGGUGCGUCGUCCCUCCGAGACGGCCGAGGAGCUCGUCAAGCAGGAGAGCUACUCGACUGUGAAGAAAUCAAGUCGUCGCUACUCCACUGAGACCACAUCGGAAACCGUGCAGGAGUACGAUGAUCGAGCACCGCAACCGUCCGGCCGUCCGGAUGUCCCUCCAUCCCCAAGGGCAACGAAUCCCAUACAGGAGUUCCCCAACCACCGUCCCAACACGCCGAAUCGCCCAAGCGACUUCUCGACACACGGCUUCCCGUCGGUGCGUACCAACAAGCCCACGCAGGAGUUUGCCGGCCAGCGACCCACCACCGAGGAGUACGUGGUGGUGAAGUCGGAGAAGAGUCGCAACGUCAAGCAGAGCAGCAGCACCACCUCGCAGCGCACCGUCGAAACGGAAUUCGAGCCCAGCUGGGAGCAGCCACAGAGUCCGCGACGUCCGACGCACGUCGAGGAUUUUAGCACACAUGGCUUCCCCUCGGUGCGCACAGAUCAGCCGGACGCCGAGCUGCCCUCCAGCGCGAGUCGCCGACCGGAGCGCAUCAUUGAAACGCAGGUGGAGCGCGAGCGUCGUCCACAGCAGGUGAACGCCAGUCCAAGGCGGCCGCAGGACAGUCCGACCAAGUCGCCGACUCGCAAGCCCAACGCUGCCACACGCACACCACCCAGCCGGAGCACCACUGAGACCACAACCACCACCAACACAGUGACGCGCCGUCAGUUGCAGAAGGAGCGCGAAGUGGAUGCAGCGCAUCGUGCGUUUGCUGCCUCCCUGCGCAGCAGCUCGCCAGCCGACAGUGUUGGCUCCACGGGCUCCCAUCACCAUCCACGCCGUGACAGCGGCCAGACGCCGGAGCCACAUCCGCAGCGUCAGGCGCCGCGCUGGAGCAUCUCGUCGAGCAGCACCAAUCGACGGUCUGGACGCGAGGGCAGCCACGACAGCCAUGCGCCCUCCGAGUCGAGUCGCAUCAGCUCCACCACGGUCACACGACAUGUGGGCGUGCCCAAGACCAUUGCCAAGACAACCGUUAGCAAGCAGCAGCAGCAGCAGCAGCAGCAAACUGUUGUCAAGACACGCAGCGUGCAGGGGUCGAAUGAGACAAUUGAUCUAACGCCGCAGCGUUUGCCCAAAUCGCCAACAGCGAAAUCAACAACAACAACAACGACCACGACAACAACAACGAUUGGCAAUAAGCCAGCUGGAGCAACACCAGCAACUCCAACAAAGCCAGCAACACCAACAACUCCAACAACUCCAACAGCAACUUCAGUUCCAGCUAGCGAGCCGUCUCCUGUGACAGAUAACCAAUCACAGUAUACGUAUGCUACUACUAAGCCAGCCGAUAUAUUCUCUUUGCCACCUACCAAUCCUACAACACCUACUAUUAACAACAACAACAACAACAACAACGAAACUACAACUACAACAACACUAACAACCAAGAACAAGAAACCCUCAACCUCAACCUCAACCUCAAACGACGAAUUGUUAACAAAAACCAAGCUGAGCUCAAAUGAGGCAACAACAACAACAACAACAACGAGCGCCGUACACGAACCGCCCUGUGUCCGUCGCAAUUACUACAAACUGGGCCCAGCCGAUGCGACAAGCGAAGUACCGGCUCAGGUGGCCGACAUAGCCAAGGCGGUAACAAGUACUGAAACCGUUGCAGCAGCCAUGCCCAGCAAGCGAAGUCCCUAUGCACCCAGACCCAGCAUCCCGGAUGACGACCAUGACGAUGAUGAUGUGCCAACUGUAGCCAGGCGUAGCUCCAAAUCGCCAAGCAUCGAACGACGUCCAUUGCAGCGAGAAUCCACAUUUGAGACAGAUGUAGAGCGUGCUUAUUCGCCGGAGCGCAUUACGCGUAUCGAUGACCAAAUUGUUAUCGACGAGAGCAGCUUGGAGGUCAGGCAGCGUCCAUUAAAGGGUGGCGAUAAGCCCAGAGAGAUACCGGCCGCAUUUCCGUCGAGGCCCAAAGAAUCGCCUCGGCAGAGUCCCGAGAAGCAGUUGCCCUCGAAUGUGAAGCAAGCGCCACGCGCUCUUAGCCCCGAGAAGCAACCGGCUGCUCGGCCACGUUCGGUUAGUCCCGAAAAGCAGCUGCCUAGAGAAUCGCAGGCUCAGAGCUCUGGAACUCAACUGCCAGGCUCAGUUCCAUCAAAGCCGAAAGAAUCACCAUCGAGGCCAGCGUCUCGUCCAAGUAGCCCCGAAAAGCAAAUGCCAGGUAGUGCUCCUGCUGCUAAACCUAAGGACUUGCCACGUCCCGAUAAUCAAUUGCCCUCAACGGUGGUUAGGGAUUCGCGUCCUGACAAUCAGUUACCCGAAACUCUGAACAGGGAACUUCCUCGUCAGAGUCCGAAAGAAACGCCUCGUUCGGGUAGCCCCGAAAAGCAAUUGCCCAGCUCGCCGAAGCCUAAAGGCAAUGAGCCCGCUGAUAAGCCACGUCAGUCUCCUGAUAGACAAGUGCCUGGCUCAGCUCCACUCAAGCCCAGUGGAAAGCCGACCCCCGACGACAAGCAGCAGCCCACUCAGUUCCCAGAGGAUGAGUUCUUCAAAAGCACUGUGACCCAACGAGUAACCAAUAUAACGAACAAUUUUAAUGACGAAUUUAUAACAAACGAACGCCAGCAUCAGCCGCGUAAGCCGGAGGAAAUCCCCGAUAAGAAACUGCCCCAGGACAAAGAUAUGAUCGAUAGACCUAGCUGUAAGCCAGCUUCAUGGGAGUCACCCGAAAGGCCUGAUGGUGGCUUCAUAUCUAAGAGUCCAGAGCCGGAGGAAGAUCAGAAGCCCACCUAUCGCAAGAAGGGUCUGACUCGUCGCGAGACCUUUGAAGAUCGCUGUCGCAAGAUCUUGGGCAUGGAAGAGGAUGGCGAUACGCAGGGCAGCUUCGUGCCAAAGCCCGAGGGUGAUGAUGAUGACACUGAUGAGCAGAAAACUGAAACGGUAGUUAAGAAGACAGAGACUUUCGAGUUUAAAAUCGAGGACUGUCCCGAUGACGACGAUGAGGACGAUAAGCCUAAGCGCGUGACCCAAACGUAUGUCAUACGCACCCAGCCUGUCAUCAAAGUCGAUGAGCCAUUGUCAGAGCCAGAGACGGUGCAGAUCACUGAGACGACGGAAAUCGAAACAGUGGUUAGCACAGAGAAAACGGUUGGCGAACGGAAGCCGAACCCUGUGGGUGUAGAUGCACCACGCCCUGUCGGAGGCCGUAAGCCUAAAGAUGAGGUAGAACCUAUUGAGCAGCCAGAUCAGAAUAAGCCACAGCAAAGAAGCCCCAAAGAUGAUGCGGAGCUCGUUAAUGUGGAAGAGGAGACAACUAUGAUAACAACGAAUCGUACGUCUAAGUCGCCCAAAAGUCCGCUGCCCAAGGAUGAGGUAGAGCCACGUCCCACAUCUGGUAAAUGGCCCAAGGAUGAGGUAGAGACACGUCCCAAAAGUGGCAAACAGCCCAAGGAUGAAAAACCACAACGUCCCUCGUGUACCAGACUCUCCAAGGACGAGACCGAGCUCAUAAAUGUAGACGAAGAGACAACAACAAUCGUUACGAAGCAGUCAAGCAAGUCGCCAACAUUUGCUCGUAAAGCGCCUCUGCCUAGCUCGGAAGACGAGGACGAGCCAAUAUCGAAGGCUGGUAAGCAGCCUAAGGAUAAGACAUCGCCACGUUCUACGCCUGGUAAAUGGCCCAAGGAUGAUGCAGAGUACAUAAAUGUGGAAGAAGAAACAACUAUCGUUACCACUCGCCAAGAGCCUUUGCCCGAUACAGAGGACGAGGAUGAGCCACGUCCAAAAGUCAGUGGAAAACCUAAGGAUAAGCAUCCCAAGGAUGACGCUGAGUUUGUUGAUGUUGAAGAAGAAACAACAACUGUCACAACGAAGCGGACAUCAAAGACUCCCACUACCACGACUCGCACGCCCGCUCGCAAAGAGCCCAUGCCUUAUCCAGAGGAUGAUGACGAACCCAACCAGCCUAAGUCUAGGGAGCCAACGGGUAGACAGCCGACAGAUGAAUUCAAGCCACGUCCGACACCUAAUUAUUACUCCAAGGAUGUUGAAUUUAUCAAAGUGAGCGAUGACACGACCAUAAUCAUGACAAAGCGUCCUGCCAAGUCACCAUCGCCCACACGCAAGGAGUAUUCGCCUUACCCAGAUGACGAGCCUACAGCUAAGCAGCCCACAGCUGGUAAGCCGUUCAGGGACAACGAUUCCCCACGUCGCCCAAAGGAUGAUAAAGAGCCUCGCACACAACCCAAGCAACCCAAGAAUGAUGCCGAGUACAUUAGCGAGAAGACAACUGUGGUGAUAACUAAACGCCCUUCCAAGUCGCCAUCGCCCACACGCAAGGAGCCUUUGCCACAAACUGAGACGAAACACUUUGUGACCGAAAAGAUAAUCGAUUGCAAUGGCAAGACCGUGUUGGAGAAGGUCAGCAAGACUCAACGACCCACUGGACCCGCCUCGGGCCCCAAGACGAGGAAGCAACCCUGCGAUAGCGAACCAGAGGAAGGUAAACCUAAGCAGCCGGACUCCAGAAAACCCUCGACUAGCAAGAUCGAAACCGAGCGACGUAAUUCACGCACCACUAAGACCAGCACUAGCACCACUAGCACCACCACCAACAAACAACCCGUGAAGGAAACCCAGCCCAAGACAGUCAAGAGUCCACGCAAGGAGUCGCUGCCUAGGCGUGAGCCUGCCAAGCGAGAUAGCCUGGUGGAGGAGACACGCACGACAACCUCCACAGCAAGCACAACUAUUCGCAAGGAUAGGAAGCCCAGUGAUGGCAAUAACUCACUCAAGGAUCGCUUGCGUUCGUCGCCUCGCAAACAGAAACCCCAAACGGACGACGUGGACGGAGAGUCCUCCUCGCCGGAUACGAGCCCCACGCGUAUUCCCAGCGAGCGUCGUCGCUCGAGCAACAUUUCAGUGCACACUGAGAUCAUCAUAGAUCAUACAGCGCCCAAGACGCCAUCACCCAAAACCGAGCGCAAAGUGACGCCCAAGACUGCAGCAAGUCCACUGCGCAAGUUGCCGGUGACGGAGCGCAAGGAAUCGGCGCCAGUGCCGCGCGUUACCCGUCGCGACAAGGACAAGGUGACCCGCUCCACCAGCGAGAAUGUCAUCAAGGUUGUGAAUGGCAAACCCAAGCCAGCACAACCCGAGAUGAGCAGCUUGAACCCGAACUCUGCUCAGAGACCUAACACGGAUCGUAGUCGUCCCAGCAAAUGCUUCACCACACGAACCAUCAACCUCAGUGAGCAGCUGAUCAAUAGCGAGGAGAUGGAGGAUGUCAUCAUUGAUAUACAGCAGGCGAAGAGCUCCAGGGAGCCAUCACCGGAUCGCAUUGUUCCGACACCGGUUCCAGCUGAAGUGGAGACGGGCACGCCGCGCUAUCCCGACACUGUUCAAGAGCCGGACGAUGAGCCGCGCAAGAAACCCAUUGUCACGAAUAUACCCAUCUUUAAGGAGGAAGCCAAUGCCUAUGUGGGCUGCCAGAUAUCCGAGUUGCGUAAUCCGAAUGGCAUCGAGGCGGACAUCCACGACAAUCCCACCGUGGAGGCGCCACAGAGUCUGGAUUAUACCACUGUCAAUCCAAGCAAUGGUCAGCCUGGCAUCGACGUGGACGAGUGCUUGUUGAGUGUGCACGAGAAGGUGACCAAGUUCACGCACACCGCCGAGCAGGUGAAGCAGCCGAAAUCCUCGACACCCUUUAGCCGCCAGUUCGAUGAGCAUGCCAAGGUCUCGGCCAGCGAUGAGUGCCUGCUGAGCAUUGAUGAGAAGGUGGAUCGCUUUUUGAAGACAGCCGAGAAUAUAACCAAGCAGCCGCUGACCACGCCCACGCGCGAAAUUGAACGUCCCAGCUUUGAGGACAUCGACGAGGAGCUGCGCCAGGACGACUGCAUACUGAGCGUUUCGCAGAAGGUGCACAAGUUCAUUGACACCGCCGAGAAGCUGGCCCCAAGCGCACCACAAAAGUCACCACGACUGGUGGCCAACAUCGAGCGCCACAUCUCGCGCCAGAGCGAGCCGGAGCUGGAUCAGGAAUCGGAGCCGGAGCAGCCCUCCGAUGCGGAACCAGAUGAGCCAUUGGAGUCGAAUGACGAGCUAUUGCCCAUGUCGAAGCACCAUACAACAGCCAUUGAGCUGAAGCGCCAGCAGGACAUACUCAACCGUCCCUCGGUCUUCAAUCAGCGCAAGCCAACCACGCCCAACGGCAACAGCAAACCACGCGGCACAACCAGUCCAAGCACCACACUCAUAACGGAGGAACGUAAAUCGUAUCGCCAUCAGAAUGUUCCAGCCUCGAGUCCGGGUGCACGUUCACCAACACGCAGCACCGCUGCACCACGCAAACCCUCAUUGGAGCAACCACGCGGCAAGCCAAGCGAGCCAGAGCGUGGCAGCACCAGCACCACCAAGCGUAGGGAGCAUAUAACCCAGCAACAGUGGGUGAUCAGUGACGUGGACGUGGAUGUUGAGGAGGUGGGUCCCGCUCCACCUUCCCACAGCGUCAGCCCGCAGCCAACAGCGCCAGGCCGACGUCCAACCACCAGCAGCACCGCCAACAUAACAAAGUCAACUCCACGCAGCUCCACUGCACCACGAAAGCCUUCGCUGGAGUCGCCGCAAAGCAAACCGAGCAGCGAUUACCCUAAGGAGACGGAGACAGGCACACGCCGUGCCACCAGCACCACUAGCACCAGAACCACUACCAAGCGUGGUGAGCAGUGGUUGCAGGACGAGCUCGAUGUGGAUGUCGAGGAGUAUGAGCCAGUCAGUCCCAAGGGCACAACUCCAAGCAGACGCACCGCCCCUAGCACUAGCACCACCAACGUAACGAAGUCAGCUCCACGCAGCUCAACUGCACCACGCAAGCCUUCAUUGGAGUCGCCGCGUAGCAAACCGAGCAGCGAUUACCCUAAGGAAACAGAGACAAGCACACGCCGUGCCACCAGCACCACUAGCACUAAAACCACAAUCAAGCGUGCCGAGCAGUGGGUGCACAGUGAUCUUGAUGUGGAUGUCGAGGAGUAUGAACCCGUGAGUCCAAAGGGCACAUCUCCAAGUAGACGCACCACCGCUGCCACCACAAAGACAACCACACGCGGUGCCUCUGCACCACGCAAGCCCUCGCUCGAGUCGCCACGCUCCAAGCAAAGCCCAACCACCGAUUACACUGCAGAGACCGAGACAGAUACACGUCGCACCACCAGCACCACCAAGCGUGGUGAAGAGUGGUUGCCAAGUGAUGUGGAUGAGCUGAACCACAGUCCCAGGCAUAGCCACAGUGACAGUCCACGUCAAAUGUCGCCACAACGACGCACCGCCACCACCACCAAGCCCGACAGCACCACCAAUUCGAAAUCCACCGUAGUUAAAGCGAGCACUGAGCACAGCACCACCAAGCAUACAACAACAACCACCAAUCGAACCCAUAGUCCAACUAACCAAGCUCCCCUUGCCAGCUCCCCUGACACUGAACCACACGUUGAACCACUUUUAGACCGCAGCCGCCCCACCCAUCAAUCAUCGCCCGGACGCACCGUCGCCUCACGUCGCAACAUCUUUGAAAAGCAUUCGCCCAGCCCCACCACCACCACCACCACCACCAGUGCUACCACUGAGCCGAGCGGACGUCGUCCCUCCUACAUGGAUCACACGAAGAGCUCCCUGGAGCACAUUCGUCGCGAUUCCCUGGAGAUAAACAAGACGCAUUAUUCCCGUAAGUCCUCGGUGGAUGAUGAGACAAUGCUGGAGCCACGCAACCCGAAUGCGGCCGUUAAGUUCGAUGUGCCGAAGCGCGGCUCACGGCCCGAGGCGGUGCGCACCACCAACACCGAUGAGCUGGAGAUUGAGGAGAUCUUCGAUCUGCAGACGCUGGAGCAGCUGCUGGAGACGGUGAGCAGCUAUGAGCUGCGUCGACGCAUUCGCGCCCAGAUACGUCUGAUUAAGAAGAACAUGAUCAAUGCGAACAGCAGCACCACCAUCACCACAACCACCAUAACGACCAAGGGCAGGCAGUCCGAGCAGCUGCAGCCAAGAAGCCAGAGCUCGACGCCCAGCCGCAGUCCAAUGCCAGUGCGACGCAUGCCAGAGCUACCACGUGAACGUAGCCAGAGUCCGGAGGCGAAGGGCAGCACCACCACCAGCACCACAACCACUUGUCGUCGCACUGAGCAGCUGGACAGUGGCAAGCCACCGGUGAAGCCUCGGGAUCGCAGCGCUAGCCCAGUGCAAACGCGUCGUCGCAGUCCAACGGGCAAGUCCUCGAGCACGACAACGACAACCACCACACGCACCACCAAGCAAGCCAAGGUCAAUCCGAACGAGAAGCCAAGUCCCAUUUGGGCAGAUCGUAGCAAGGUAUUGCGAGCUUCUGGCUCACAUUCGCCCACCUCGCGCAAGGGUUCCAACACCAGCACCACUAGCAGCAGCAGCAGAGUGAUGCGCAGCAGCAACAUCACCAGCAGCAGCACCACCACCACUAGCAGCAGCAGCAGCAGCAAGCGACGCGAGGAGGACUCCAUUACGUCCAGCUAUGGCGUCGGCCCAACCGAUGAGAAUGGGCUGCCCCUCUUUGGCAUUAGGGCGCUCAAGAAGAAGACGCAGCCGCCGGUGGAGCCAUGUGAGACAAAGCAAGAAGUCACAGGCUAUGUCAUCGAGGAGCAGUUCUAUUCGGACGACAAGUCGCCGCCACGUCAUGAACGCAAGGAGCUCAUCUACUCGAGCAACCCGGAUGAGUUGGUAACGCUGCAGCAGCAGCUGGACACCGCCCAGCCGGAUGGACAGACGACGAAGCUGGAGCGCGAGGUGAAGCUCAUCGAUGUGCAGGGCAUGCCCGCAGCCAUUGAGCCGCCGUCGGGCAAGCGACGUGGCUCGAUCAAGGAGCUGAGCGAACGGUUCAUACACAAGGAAUCGAUGCUGGCCGACGAGGAGACGGAGGACAGCGAAUCGAACGAUGUCUGCAGCGUCAUCGAGCUGGAGGCACCGCAGAUGCGUCAGCACCAGACCAGCAGCACCACGCGCACCAGCUCCAGCACCCGCUCCUUCCUCAAUACCAGCGGCGAGGAGCGAGCUGUGAGCAGCGUCGACGAUGUCCUCGAGCGCAUGCGCAAUGCCGACAAUGUGGUGGAGCCCGGCGACAGCGCCGAGGAUCGCGAGGCACGUGCUCUGCUCAACAAAUUCCUUGGCGCCAGCGUCAUCAUGCAGGGCGUCGAGUCCAUGUUGCCGGCGGGUCAGCGACAGCAGCAGCUGUCGAGGGGCAACAUCAGCAGCAACAGCAACAGCAGCAGCAGCAGCCAAGCGGUGAAAACAACGCAGCAACAGCGCAGCAGCAGCAGCAGCAACAACAACAACAACAACAUCAGCAGCAGCAGCAGCAACACACGAAAGACAACAACAACGUCCUCAGCACCAGUUACACGCACAACUUGUGACAUCGAGGCAAUUUGGGACGAGCAAUUACUUAGGCAAUUGCUGGAGCAGGCGUCCACGUACGAGGAGCGUCGCAAGAUCCGUGCACGUUUACGCGAACUUAUGGCGGAACGCGAAGAGGUAAAAAGUGUCAAGGCAGGCGGUGAGAAUUCCGCUGCCAAAGAAGCAGAGGAAGAGAGCAGUGCCAGCGAAUAUGAGGAGAUAAUUGAAGAGGUAACUGACGACAGCAGCGACGAGGAGGAGCAGCGACAGCCAGAGAAGUCGGAGAAGCAAGACAAGGAGAAGGAGAAAGAGAAGCAGAAAGAGGAGCAGAAGGAGAAAGAAAAGGAAAAGCCAACCAAGGAGCUUGAGCAAAAGUUGGCCAAAGUUGAGCUCAGCAAGGAGCAAGUGGAUGGGGCACAGGCACAACACAAGCAACAAAGCUCAACGACCAGCGAACGCACCGAGACAAAAUCAAAAGAUGGCGGCGCAAUUGUCACCACAACAACAACAAAAGUUACCACACGCACUGUGAGCGGCAGCGCUGCCAACAACAAGAACAUCUCGCCGCUGGCCAAAUUCAAGCAGCUCGAUAAAGCUGCCCAGCAGCAGCAGGCUCAAAAAUCAUCUCCAACAACAAGCACACCCACGACCCCAGGCGGUUCAGCACAACCGUAUUUCAAAUUUACCGAUCCGGCAUUAAAUGCGCGCGCCGCCACUGUCAAGGAUCAACUUCUGCAGUGGUGUCAGCACAAAACGCAGGAAUAUGAGAACGUCCAAAUAAGCAACUUUAGCUCGAGCUGGUCCGACGGCUUGGCCUUUUGUGCGCUGAUACAUCAUUUCUUGCCAGAUGCAUUUGACUACAGUCAACUAACCAAACAAACUCGCAAACACAACUUUGAGCUGGCCUUUAGCGUGGCUGACGAAAAAGCUGGCAUUGCUCCUCUGCUAGACGUGGAAGAUAUGGUGGAGAUGAGUCGACCCGACUGGAAAUGUGUCUUUGUUUAUGUGCAGAGCAUCUAUCGUCGUUUUCGCAAUUGCCAAUAAAAACAACAAGCAACAACAAUAGCAGCAGCAGCAGCAGCAGCAACAACAACAGCUAAA